CACAUGUGGCACAGGUGGCAUUUUCACUUAGAGACUGGAACAAUGGGAGCUCUGCGGGCCUUGCUUGUUUGCGUGUUGACUGUGUGGUUUACCAAAGGCUCUGGUUUGCCAGUUGGAGGCACAACAGAAAGUCAGGAUGAUGAGCUGCAGAGAGUGAGAGAGUUUUUGUUGCAACAAGAUGCUGAUGGAGACUAUAACACGACGGGCCUCACCAAUGUGACGAACACGACGGGCCUCACCAAUGUGACGGCCACGACCCCAGCGCCGUCUCCGGCCACGACGGGCCUCACCAAUGUGACGGCCACGACCCCAGCGCCGUCUCCGGCCACGACCCCAGCGCCGUCUCCGGCCACGACCCCAGCGCCGUCUCCGGCCACGACCCCAGCGCCGUCUCCGGCCACGACCCCAGCGCCGUCUCCGGCCACGACCCCAGCGCCGUCUCCGGCCACGACCCCAGCGCCGUCUCCGGCCACGACCCCAGCGCCGUCUCCGGCCACGACCCCAGCGCCGUCUCCGGCCACGACCCCAGCGCCGUCUCCGGCCACGACCCCAGCGCCGUCUCCGGCCACGACCCAACCCUGAUUGUGUCUCGCAUGGUCACAUUAGGAGGCAAUUAAAGUUUGGGACUUGGUGGACCAUAUGCAAGACUUCUUUUGCCUGUCUUUCUGCAUGUACCCUCCCUGUUGUCUCUGCUUUAAAUAAAACUUGACUUGAGAUCUUUCAGAAAAGGGCA